UUGACAGCUUGUAAUUUUAUGAUUUGUUAAAUGUUAAGAUAAAUUGUAAAUUGUAUUUGAUGUGUUGGUAUAUUUACUAUAUGUUAACCACAUUUUGUUUCAUGUAAAAACAUCUUAAUUAAGAACUUACCAAUUCUAUACAGAAAAUGUCAGGUUUUGACACAAAGUACGAUAUGUAUCCAGCUGGUGAUGUGGGUGUGGUUGAAGGAGAAAUGAAUGUACCAUCACGAGGGGUUCCUUCCGGAGAUAACAUGGAAUUUAACACACUAGACGAACCAAUCAAGGAAACAUUUUUACGUGAUUUAAGAGCCGUCGGAAACAAAUUUUACCAUGUCCUCAUUCCUAGAGAAAAAACUAGUUUAUUGAAAGAAUGGGAUUUAUGGGGCCCAUUGUUACUGUGCACCUUCAUGGCAACAGUUCUACAAGGCUCAACAGAACGAGCAGACAAUUCAAAUGAUGGUGGUCCUGAAUUCGCAGAAGUUUUUGUUCUAGUCUGGAUUGGAGCAGCUAUUGUGACCAUAAAUUCUAAAUUGCUGGGUGGAAAUAUAUCGUUCUUUCAGUCCGUUUGUGUUCUGGGUUAUUGCCUGUUUCCAAUUGCAUUGUCACUAAUCAUCUGCAGGGUGAUACUCUUCACUACUCAAAAUACUUUCCUGUUUUUCCUCCGUCUCGUUAUUUCAAUGAUUGGAUUUGCUUGGGCGACAUUUGCUGCGACAAAGUUUCUCGGUGACAGUCAACCUGAGGGCAAGAAGGGACUUGCAGUGUUUCCUAUAUGUUUAUUCUAUUUCAUACUAUCGUGGCUUGUUGUAUCGCACAGUAAUGUUUAGGUAAAUUAUCUACUCUGUAUUUAUUUAUUGUGAUACGAAUUUUAUAGAAGAAUAUGUGAAUAAAUCUUAGUUAAGUCUAUAUUUAAGAUUUUUAAACGCUACAUUAUCAAUGUUCAUGUCGAUAUAUGCACUAUUUAACAAUGAUAUUUUACCUUUUGACAUGCUCAUAUUAAACCAAACGAUAAAGUGAGAUGAGUGACUCUCUUUUAUUUAGUAGCUUACGAUCCUGCAACCCUAAAAGACGUCACGCAGAUUGCAGUUAUAUUUUUGACAAAUAAAUAUAAAAAUAUCAGCGCUUUUAUAUAUAAAACUACAUAAUAAAUAUCUAUGAAGGUUAUGUAUUUCUUAUAAUUGAAAGCGAUAGGUAUCUCAUACAAGAGAAAGUUUUGCUAUU